CGACAGAUUUCUGUUGCCAACGCGAUGUUUGAAAAGGAACACGAAUGGCGAUGAGAAGUCUGAAACUAUCGCUGAUCAUAACAAUGUUUCAGACGGUCGUCACCGCAUAGCUUUAGAUGGCUCCCUGUCCUACAGAACGGGGCAUUUCUAUGAGAGGGGCAGCCAUCUUGCAGUUGCUGCUCUCCUUAAUCACUCUGUCGUCAGUUGUGGCAGGUAAGUUGAGUGAAAUCUUAGUUAGAGACCCCCACCGACCCAGUAUGAAAUGGCUUACAAUAUGCCUUCGAACCCCCUUCAAUAUAAGUGUUUGUUACUCAUUUCUGAAUGUGAUGAUAGUGUUCAAUAAAGUUUUACCCUGUUUGAAAACUAUGUCGUCACAACAUUCCUAUCAAAAUGCAUGGAAAUAUUCUACGAAUCGCGAGGCAUCCACUGUACAACUAUUAAUGCAUGCACGUAGAGCAAACAAAUGAUAAGAGUGAAUUUCUGUUACAAAAAAAUGAUAUCAGUGCAAUGUUAAGUUUCUAGCCUAGAAGUCUAUGGUCAUGGACCAACAAACUGAAAGAGGUACAGGGUCGAUGGAAAAUUUUUGUUAAAACUAUGAUGUUAUGUAAAAGUGUUAGACAGCCAUAAAUAUUUCAAGUACGGUAGAUUGAUGGUACACACAUUUAAACAAAAUGUGUGUGGGUGUAGGGACCUAAAUAAAAUAUUAAUUUUUAAUUAUCGCUACCGGUACACAAAAUUCAAACGUUUCGUUAGAUGCCUUCAUCAGUACAACAAAGAACUUUCGUAUCAGUAUAAAUUAAAUUUACAUAUAAUUAUAUAUAUAUAUAUAUAUAUGUGUGUGCAUGUGUGUGUCCUAAAAAUUAAAGAACUGAACAAGAAUGGGCACCAGUCCCUAAUGAAAACAAAGCUCAGCACAACGGGGUGAAAGUACAAGUAUAAGUACAAGUGUAAGUACAAGUGUAAGUACAAGUGUAAGUACAAUUUUAGAACUUAACAGGAAAAAAUGAACUGCAAAUUAUGUAAAAUUGUGAAUUUCGUUAAUACCGUAUGGAAUCUAUGUACCAAGUAUGUUUAUUAAUUUAUUUCCAUAUAAAUUCUAUCCGGUGUAUUACUCGCAUAUAAUAUAUCAGUCAGUAACUGCAGUGUCUAAUAUAUUCCAUAUUAUGGUUAGCUCUAUUGAAAUGUUUAGAAACUGAAAAAAAGGGCUUGUUAUAUUAUUGAUGUUGCACUCAAUUCAAGCUUAACAUAUAUUGUUUUAUGGCAUUUAAAAAAAAAAUUCAAUAGCCAUUAACGUAUGUUUGAAAGUGAGUUGAGAUAAAACAUCACCGAAGCUGCCGAAAUACGUUACAUAAAACUAUCUGCAAAUCACUGUGCGCAGUGUUUCUUUCAGAAAUUUACCCGGGGAGGGGGGGGGGCACUUCAGAUUUUUCUCGGUUCCAGUUGAUUUAUUGUUAGACAUAUUUUACUUGGGGGGGGCCCCUUGGCUUCCCCCCCCCACCCCCGAGCUAUAGCUGAAGGAAACCCUGACUGUGCAUACAUGAAACCGAUACACUUUAAUGCACAAACUGAACUCAAUGAUAAAUACGCAAAAUGAGCGCAAGACGAUAGCCAUCAAGUAUACAAAACACGCGGACUCGUUUCACACGCGAUCUGCUGUGCACUGGUGCACUUACGACAUGGCCAGAAUGUCACUGGUGCACUUAAAACAUGGUCAGAAUGUCACUGGUGCACUAACAACAUGGUCAGAAUGUUACUUAUACACUUACAACAUCGUCAUAAUGUCACUGAUGUACUUACAACAUCGUCAGAAUGUCACUGAUACACUUGCAACAUGGUCAGAAUGUCACUUUUGCACUUACAACAUGGUCAGAAUGUCACUGUUGCACUUACGACAUCGUCAGAAUGUCACUGAUACACUUACAACAUCUUCAGAAUGUUACUGAUUACUUACAACAUCGUCAGAAUGUCACUGAUGCACUUACAACAUCGUCAGAAUGACACUGAUGUACUUACAACAUCGUCAGAAUGUCACUGAUACACUUACAACAUGGUGAGAAUGUCACUUUUGCACUUACAACAUGGUCAGAAUGUCACUGAUGCACUUACAACAUCGUCAGAAUGUCACUGAUGCACUUACACCAUGGUCAGGAUGUCACUUAUGCACUAACAACAUCGUCAAAAUGUCACUUAUACUCUUACAACAUCGUCAGAAUGUGACUGAUACACUUACAACAUGGUCAGAAUGUCACUGAUACACUUACAACAUGGUCAGAAUGUCACUGAUACACUUACAACAUGGUCAGAAUUUCACUGAUACACUUACAACAUCGUCAGAAUGUCACUGAUGCACUUACAACAUGGUCAGGAUGUCACUGAUGCAUUUACAACAUGGUCAGAAUUUCACUGAUACACUUACAACAUCGUCAGAAUGUCACUGAUGCACUUACAACAUGGUCAGGAUGUCACUGAUAGCUCAUACCACAGUCACAGUCUUUUUCUACCUGGUAUAUGUGUCACCAGCACAACAGUGUUGUGUGUAGUGUGUAGUGUAUCCUUGUCCAAACUAUGAUCUAUUUCAUUCAUAGAACAAUUACAUUAUAAAAGCGCAGGAAAGUUUAAAUGCAGCAACGUCUUAGUUUAAACAACUAAAGCGAUGACAGUCAUUCAUAAUAAUAAGAGUACCCCAUGUUCCGAAUGGCCGUAAGAGCGAAUGGCGGAACAGGGAGAGCCGAGUUAUUUUAUAACAUAAUUAGUGAUCAAUAAAUAAAUAUAAGCAAUUAAGUUGAUAGAAUAACGUGAAUUAAAAUAAUUCCCAACGCAAUGUUACUAAAAAAAAAAAAAUGAAAAUUGACGUAAGAGGAGAAAAGAUGAUGCCACAGAUCUUAACCUCUUCAUAAUACUUAAACAACUAGACACUGAAUCCGUUUAAAAUAUUAGAUUCAGAUCUCUAAGAAGUUAAACAUCUAAAAUGAAUAUGUUGGUCAACGUUACUUUGGCAACUGACCUUCCAGAAUUUUAUAUCUUUCUUAGCCUCCAGAUAAAUGUUACGUUAUAUCCGUAAAUUCUCUCCCCCCCCCCCCCCCCCCCCAAUGCCUGUAAAGUUAGAGAGGAGUAUUGACAGAGUAGACAGAAUGAAUAUACGUUAAAUAAACAAGUGGCUUGAAUCAGCUCUCAAUCACAGAUAGGCAUUUCCCUAAAUUUGGGAAUGUUGGCCGUUUGAUUGGUUUGCUUACAACUGAAGAGAACGUCCUGUUGUUUUACAGAUACUUCAAGUCUUCUGACACACCUGAAAGACAAGAGCUUCCCGUGGUUUGGCACCAAUUACCCAACCAACUGCCCCGACCCUGCCACAAAUUUCCACACGUGCUUUAACCCAGGGUGAGAGUAACUGAAAAAAAAGAGAACUUUAGGUAAUUUACCACUCAGGAAGGGGGGUGGGCAACCAUGGCACUUGUCAGGGGCCCGAGUUAGAUUCGGGCUCACCCUUUUUCGAGUUCUAUAAAUAUAUGCACAUGUUUGAAACACGAAAAGGGCCCGAACUCUGCCAGCUGCCUGGGGCCCAGAAUUUCCUAGGUACUAGCCUGGCGCGUGGGAGGGGGGGGUUCUAAACUACCGGGAUGGGUGUUAGUGCUCACCCUUUUUCGAGUUCUAUAAAUAUAUGCACAUGUUUGAAACACUAAAAGGGCCCGAACUCUGCCAGCUGCCUGGGGCCCAGAAUUUCCUAGGUACUAGCCUGGCGCGUGGGAGGGGGGGGUUCUAAACUACCGGGAUGGGUGUUAGACUGGCGGCGGUGGGGGGCUAGACUGCCGGCGGUGUGGGGCUAGAAUACAGGGGCGGGUGGCUAGACUACCGUUGGUGGGGCGGGGGCUAGACCACCGGGGGUUGGGAGCUAGAAAACCGAGGGAUGGGGGCUAGACUACCGGGGGGAGGGGAUCGGCUAGACUACGGAGGGGAGAGUGGCUAGACUACCGGGGGGGGAGUGGCUGGUCUACUGGGGGAGUGGCUAGACAACCGAGAGGAGUGGCUAGACUGACGUUGUGGGGCUAGAUGUGGAAGACUGGACUCACGUCUACGACCCAUCUUCCUACGCCCACGGCAUUAUGCCCUUUUUCGUACAAAGCGAUUUGAGCAACUCUUUCCCCUUUUAAAGUCUCGUUGAUCUCUCACCAACAGGCACGCCAAGCAAGAAUCUAUCCUGGAAAGAGCUGGAUUUGAAAAUGUAGAGAAACUCAGUGUGGAGCUCAAGGUCAAAUUUUCAGCGCCCGCAGGUCUGAUCUCGUUUUUAUCAUUCCCAGGAUCUGAGCAGCACUGGUCACGUAAAUAGCGGACACCACAUCCAUAGCAACAGUGUUUACACAAAAGCAACAUAGGGUCACAUAAAUAAUGCCAGGGAACAAAACAAAACAAAAUAAACAACGUUUAAAUUCAUGUUGUGAUAUCUCCGUAUGUUGGAACGUCAAGUCAGCAUUAUUUUGUUGUGGUCAGAAAGAUAAUUAAAACUAGAUAACCCUCUGUACAUCAAAUAUAAUGCGUCCACUAAAACGAGCACUCAUAAGCGGGGACGUCACUUUGGGUAGGACAAGGCUCUGCACUUGCCCCCACCCCCUUCUCCCCCUUUCCUGACUUUGCAGGUUUUAUCCAAAUCGAUAUGUACUGUGGCGCCUCCAGUAAUAAACAACUAACAAGCCGACCAAGUUUUGGUUUUAGCCCCCGGUCCCCCCACCCACCCCCCCCCGGGCUGAAAAAACCUCUGAAAUGACGCCCCUGCUCAUAAGGGUUCCAACAAAAAAAAAAAUAAAUAACAUGUCCUCACUUAAGCUGUUAACAAAUUUUCAUACAAGUUGUGUGUUUUUUUGUUUGUUUUGAUAGUGCCUUGCCACUUGAUGGAUGCUAAUUUUUCAUUGAAGUCAAGUGUGGUUAUGUUAUACGGAAUAAUAUGUAUGAGACUGCGACCGUGGUGUAAUACAUUUACAAAAAAAAACAAAAAAAAACAAAGUACAAGAGGACUUUUGGCUGACAGUUUCGUUCUUUUGGCGUUGACUUUUUUUUUUUUUUUUCCUCUCAAGCUUUCAACGUCCCUUGCAUUUUUUUUUUCCCAAUUGUUUUAUGCGAGCCCGUAGACAGUUAAAGAAGUAUUCUGUUACAAAAAAAAACAAAACAAAACAAAGUACAAGAGGACUUUUGGCUGACAGUUUCGUUCUUUUGGCGUUGACUUUUUUUUUUUUUCUUCCUCUCAAGCUUUCAACGUCCCUUGCAUUCUUUAUUUCCCAAUUGUUAUAUGCGAGCCCGUAGACAGUUAAAGAAGAUAGCUCUCGUCCAGUGAGAAAUGACAACGUGACAACUGGUAUUUAAAAAAAGGGCAUGUCACAGCCCUCACAAAGUGACAAUAUGAGCCCAAAUAAAGUGACAAUAGGAGCCCCCAUAAAGUGACAAUAGGAGCCCCCAAAAAGUGACAAUAAGAUCCCCCAUAAAGUGCCAAAAGGAGCCCCAUAAAUUGGCAAUAUGAGCCCCCAUAAAGUGACAAAAGGAGCCCCCAUAAGGUGACAAUAGUUCCACUACAGGAGGCGAUGUUAAUUGGUUCUUCUCACCGGUGACGGAAGUCUGUCAGUCUGUGGUAUGAUGAGCACAUGAGACGGCAGGCGCAUUGGCCUGGUCAUAAGUCAAUUGUUUACUAAUCUCUUGAGUUGGAGGAAUGAAUGAAUGAAUCAAUCAAAUGAGUGGAUGAAACAAUGCAUUGCUAGUUUCAGAAGGUUUUUUUUUUGUUUUUUUUUUCUUGAAUGUUUCGCCCAAAGAACAAGCCGCCGUCUGUGGAAGCUACGACGACCUGAGCCCGGUGGAAGAGUUUGAGCUGAAUCCGACCGGCCAACCCCCUGAAGAUACCACCAAGGUGAGUGCAUAGCGCAUGCGUUGCAAGUGAUUAAUUUGUUUUUUUUAUCCCCGAUUCUGGCGCGACGCGCUUGGUGUUAUCAUUUUAGUAUGUGUGUUGCAACAUGGUCGGCAUUACGAUUUGUUCUGGCUGGUGCAACUACGUGAAUAUUUUCAUUGUUUACUCGUACAAAUGAAUUCCAAACAUCUCCCCAUAUUAUACUUCAUGAUUUACAUAUUUAUUUUCUAUUUUUUACACCUAGCCCCACCCCCCCCCCCUUUUUCCUUUUUAUUUAUUUUUUUAUUUUUUUAUUUUUUUUGUGAUACAAAUUACUCAACGUACACAACUUGAAAUCUCGAUGGUAAUUAAGAAAUAUUAAAAUGAGAAUCAAGCCAAGCGUCAAAAAAGUAAAAGUAAUCAACCGAAUGGAAUUAAAUAGAGCCGCAAUUUUUCAUGUCAUGUUUCACAAAUCACAUGUUUAAUACUUGGCCUGGACGAAAGAGAUUUCUCAUUUUCAAAAGCUUAUUCGUGAUGUCAUAGUGCUCAUAAGUGGACACACCAUUGAAAGCAGUAGUGUAAACAUUCAAAUCAAUUAAAGAAUAAUACAUUUUUUUAUAAAGUAUAAAGGUAUGUUGCCGAAACAGUUUAGCCCCCCCCCCGACCCCCACCGACCCCCACCGACCCCCACAAUAAGACCAACAGCAAAAAAAAAAUAAAAAAAUAAACAACACUGCUAAAUUGACUGCUUAGCAAUGGUAACGAGACAGAAACGUUUAAAAAGUGACCCAAAAACUAAAAGUAUCGUUUAAAACUGUUGACGUCGCAAAGAGUCAUUCAACUUUUUGAUCACAGCUCAUUGCUGAGAAUUACAGGCGACUACCGGACGUCUCCUGGGCAACCAAGUCGUCAACUCUGCACACCCUGAUCUUCUUUGACGUUGGCUUCUACAGGAUCCGGGGAUGGUUCUUCAACAUCUCCAGCAGUAAUACAGAACUAAAAGGAUGGGUAAGAUUCAUAGACUUGUACGGUAAGAUUCAUAGACUUGUACGGUAAGAUUCAUAGACUUGUACGGUAAGAUUCAUAGACUUGUAAGGUAAGAUUCAUAGACUUGUACGGUAAGAUUCAUAGACUUGUACGGUAAGAUUCAUAGACUUGUACGGUAAGAUUCAUAGACUUGUACGGUAAGAUUCGAAGACUUUAAUGGUAAGAUUCAUAGACUCGAGUGAUGAGAUUCAUAGACUUGUACGGUAAGAUUCGAAGACUUUAAUGGUAAGAUUCAUAGACUCGAGUGAUGAGAUUCAUAGACUUGUAUAGUAAUAAUCAUAGACUUGUGUGAUGAGAUAAAUAGACUUUAACGGUAAGAUUCAUAGACUUGUCUGGUAAGAUUCAUAGACUUGUAUGGUAAGAUUCAUAGACUUGUACGGUAAGAUUCAUAGACUUGUAUGGUAAGAUUCAUAGACUUGUAUGGUAAGAUUCAUAGACUUGUACGGUAAGAUUCAUAGACUGGUACGAUAAGAUUCAUAGACUUGUACAGUAAGAUUCAUAGACUUGUACGGUAAGAUUCAUAGACUUGUGUGAUGAGAUCAAUAGAGGGGUAUGGUAAGAUUCAUUGACUUUUAUGGUAAGAAUCAUAGACUCGAAUGGUAAGAUUCAUGGACUUGUGUGAUGAGAUUGAUAGACUUGUAUGGUAAGAUUCAAAGACUUGUAUGAUAAGAUUCAUAGACUUGUGUGAUGAGAUUCAUUGACUUUUAUGGUAAGAAUCGUAGACUCGAAUGGUAAUAUCCAUGGACUUGUAUAGUAAGUUGUGGUGAGUUUCAUAUACUUUUCUGGUUAGUUUCCACAGACUUCUCAAACGGUAAGAUUCAUAGACCUAUAUCGAAAGAUUCAUAAACUCAUGGAAAGAUUCAUUUACAUAUAUGGUAAGAUGCAAUGACUUAGUGGAAAUAUUCAUAGAUUCUCAUGAAAAGCUGUCGCGUGGUCCAAGGCCCCAGGUUGGUCUCAGAUGAUAAUGGGGGAGAAGAAAGUUGUGAUAAGAAAAAACAAACUAUCAUCUUUGAAUACAGAAGAGAGGCGUAGCUGUGAUAUUUUGAUCCAGGGGACGAUCUAUAGGGUUGGCGCCCCCUUCCCUUCUCCCUGUGUUAUUCCAAAUAUCCUAUGACACUGAAUAAGGAACACAAUUUAAAUUUUAAUAAAACGUAAUUGAAAAAGAAGCAAAUUUAUAGAAAUGAUAGUACAUGACCCACUCGGUCAUGGUCGUUUACAUUGGUUUACGUGGUCAACAAAAGAUUUUUUUUUUUUUUUUUUUUUGUUUUCACUGUCUCAAACUGGUCAGUGGCACGAUCGAAAUCUGUUUUUCUCCAAUGUUUCUCUUUGACCGCUAAGAAGAGCAAGAUUUCUGAGUUUUACAUUUGUUUAAGUGGUAAAAAAAAAAUUUUUUUUUUUUUUUUUUUGAUUUCACUGUCUCAAACUGGUCAGUGGCACGAUCGAAAUCUGUUUUUCUCCAAUGUUUCUCUUUGACCGCUAAGAAGAGCAAGAUUGCUGAGACGUUCCUAACCCAAUGACGCAAUCAAAUGUGACAAAUUAGGUAGGCUGUCAGAUGACACGUCUGCUGAGGCUGUCAGACGAUACGUCGGCUGAGGCUGUCAGACGACACGUCUGCUGAGGCUGUCAGACGACACGUCAGCUGAGGCUGUCAGAUGACACUCUGCUGAGGCUAUCAGAUGACACUCUGCUGAGGCUAUCAGAUGACACUCUGCUGAGGCUAUCAGACGACACUCUGCUGAGGCUAUCAGAUUGCACGUCUGCUGAGGCUAUCAGACGACACGUCUGCUGAGGCUGUCAGACGACACGUCAGCUGAGGCUAUCAGAUGACACUCUGCUGAGGCUUUCAGAUGACACGUGUGCUGAGGCUUUCAGAUGACAUGUCUGCUGAGGCUUUCAGAUGACACGUCUGCUGAGGCUGUCAGAUGAAACGUCUGCUGAGGCUUUCAGAUGGUACGUCUGCUGAGGCUUUCAGAUGGUACGUCUGAUGAGGCUAUCAGAUGACACGUGUGCUGAGGCUUUCAGAUGACACGUCUGCUGAGGCUUUCAGAUGACACGUCUGCUGAGCCGCUGCACCGAUCUUGUGACCGAUCUAUUACCCUUGUUUAUCUAUUAUAAUGUAACGUCGUAAGCCUCAUUUUCGCGCCCGGGACAUAUGUACCCCCGCCCCCCACUCUUUACGCUUCUGUUGCAAGAGACACAAAACCGAAAAGAGGUAGGUAGCCUCAGCAAAGUCACGUGACGGCAUUGCUUAAAUGCUAAGAUACCUUGACUAAUAUAGAAAGAUACAUAGACUAAUUGGGAAAGAUGCAGGGACAUGAGGACAGAUUCAUUUGCCCACCGAGUUGCCCAAAUAUGACCCAUGACUUCGGAUAAAGGUGUCUCUUUUAAUGACGGAUGACUGCGGCUAACACUGUCACUCGGUAUGGCUCAUGACUGCGGCUAAAGGCGUCACUCAUUUUGAUUCGUGACUGCGGCUUACAAGGUCACUCGUUAUGACUCCUGACUGCGGCUUACAAGGUCACUCGUUAUGACUCCUGACUGCGGCUAACGACCUAUUUGGGAUGUUUGUUUGUUUCAGACGAGCGUCCCGUACUAUCCUCCUGCCAACCCUACAACCAACACCAACCCCACGCUGAUCCUCCUCUUGGAACAGUCUGAAACCAAAGAGUCGCAGAGCGACGAGAUCAUGCACGCAUGUGUCGAGACGUACUACAACAGCGCCGCACCGGAGUCUUGCCGCGAGCAAAUCAAGACGAUCCUGAGCAAUGGAUACAGUGAGUGCAAGAAGGUCACAAUGCCACAGUGACCCGUGUGACCCCUGUUGGUGUUUGUAUGACGUCUGUCUUGUAUUUGUAUGUCUGUCUGUCUUGUAUUUGUAUGACGUCUUUCUUGUGUGUGUAUGACGUCUUUCGUGUGUUUGUAUGACGUCUGUCUUGUGUGUUUGUAUGAGUCUGUCUUGUGUUUGUAGGACGCCUGUCUUGUGUUUGUAUGACGUCUGUACUGUGUUUGUAUGAGUUCAGUUUUCUGUUUCUAUGUCUGUUUUAUGUUGUGUGAAUUGAAUCAUCACUCUUGGAUUUAUGUCUGCUGUCAGUUUUUUAAAUACACUUUUUCUUAGGUUACUCUGUCAGUUUGUUAAUCUGUUUGUCAAUCAGUUUGUGUGAAGUCAAAUCUUGUAGCGCAGCCCUAACCCACUUCCUCAUCUCAGACUGGGCUGACACUUUGUGCACUUACCCACACUCCCAUGACACUACAGCCCUUCGUGAUUGAGCAGGUCACCAGUGGCAUCCACUGACACUUGAGUGACCUCUGCCGGUCUAAUCUUGCAUCUCACACAUGAAAAACUUUAUGGUCUCCAAAUGAGCUGAAACUUUGAAACGUACCCCCCCCCCACCCCAACAAUAAAACAAUCCUUCAUGAUCACUAGGGCAAAUAAGUAUAUGUAUAUCAAUUAACAGUAUGCACAGAAGGUAACGCCACUGAAACUACCACACUCUUAAACGCGCAUAGCUUAAACGUCCACGUAUCCAUAUAAUAGAAAAGGAAGAGAUUUUGUGCAGCUGAGGUUGGAAAUAUGUCUCUCAGCGGAGGAAAAAAAACAUUUACACUUGACCAUUUGGUUUCACAUUUAAGUAAUUGGUCGUGAAUGGGAACCUAGUGGGGAAAAAGCGGAAGAGCAAUGUCGAGUGAUGUUUAAUAGGAUGGCGUCAUGUAACACGGCUGUAUGUUGACUGUUACGACAUUUCGCCGAGCUAGACGUGUACUGGGUUUAAACUUUUAGAUGAAAUCUGGUCGGCCAGAAACUGUUUCGUUAGAAAAAUCACGCACUUGUUCUUAAGACGUCACUUCAUUCGACCCUACAGAGUCUGAGACGAAGAUCUUUGAAAGUGAACCUAAGCCAUGCGGACGUUUGCCGAUUGUUUAGUGACAUGGGCGAAUUUUCGUACAAAAUACAUAUUGGACAAGGCUUGGCGGAGCCAAGUAUGCCGGACAAGGCUUGGUGGAGGCAUGUACGCUGAACAAGGCUUGGUGGAGCCAGGUACGCAGGACAAGGCUUGGUGGAGCCAGGUACGCUGGACAAGGCUUGGUAAGCCAGGUUCGCCGGACAAGGCUUGGUGGAGCCAGGUACGCUGGACAAGGCUUGGUGGAGCCAGGUACGCAGGACAAGGCUUGGCGGAGCCACGUAUGCCGGACAAGGCUUGGUGGAGCCAGGUACGCUGGACAAGGCUUGGUGAGCCAGGUUCGCAAGACAAGGCUUGGUGAGCCAGGUUCGCCGGACAAGGCUGGCUGAUUCAGGUGUUCCGGGACGAGGUUUGACGGAGCCAGGUAUGCCGGACAAGGCUUGGUGGAGCCAGGUACGCUGGACAAGGCUUGGUGAGCCAGGUUCGCCAGACAAGGCUGGCUGAUUCAGGUGUUCCGGGACGAGGUUUGACGGAGCCAGGUAUGCUGGACAAGAUGAUGAAUUGUGGAACAUUUUGCCGAUGCUGUGCAAGGACACAUAGGAAUUUGAUGUGUCCUACAAAAGUCACAUGCUUGUUUUCGUCUACCAGACUUUCCCUUCCGUUGACGGGGUAAUUGACACAACGUAGACACAGCUUUCUUUUAUUACUAGGAGCAUGCGAGCUACUGGAGCUAUGCUGCGUUGACAAAACGCGUACAAGAUGCGGGAGUUUCAUUACUGCUAGUUUUAGCGCAUACUCUCCCUGAAUCAAUAUAUAUAUAUAUAUAUAUAUAUAUAAAGCUAAGCCUGCAAUGUGUCUACCACUAGUUACCAAAUUUUAGCCUCAGGAACUACAUUGUGUGACUACCAUCAACUCACCACUUUUACAUACAAGGCUAACCAUGGGUGAGUUUACCAUAAUCUCACCAGAUUUAAACUAGAGUCUUCCCGGGGUGGGCCGGGGGGGGGGGGGUGGGGAAUUCAACACACCAGACGUAGUUUACGGACUUAAGACUUACCUUAUUACCGUGUCUACCUAUAUGACACCCAGUUUUUUUUUUUUAUAACAAAGGUUACACGGGGAGUAUCAUUUCCCAAGACUUGAGAACCGGUGUUUUAUUCUACAGCUCUCGUCGGUGCCCAAGUUUUUUACACUACGGGGGGAACGAGAUUUGAGAAGUUUAGAGCCUGCACAGAAAGCUUUGUUUGUCCCGAAGAGUGCGUGAGUACGAUCAGAGCAGGUGAGACUUUCCAAGAAUUUUAGCGUCAAGAAAAAAUUAACUUACAGAAAAUAAUGGAAAAGAGAAUGCCAAAAUCUCUUCACCCAGCUGUACUCCUCCUGCCAUCCAUCGCAUCUAGCUUUAAUUGAUAUUCGCAUUUACUGGGGGCAGGGGGGAGGGAAUGGGGUGAAAUGGGCGCUGGGGGGGGGGGGUUAGGGGUUACAGAUUACAUUUGUUGAAGUAAUCAGUUGUUAUUUGUCAAUGAAACAGGUAAUAGGUAAUUUCCUGGGAAUCAAGGUAAAAACUAUGAACAAUAAAAAAAACUUAACUUAAGUUAAUUAUGUCUCGGCAAAGGCGAAUGUGUUGCAGCUGCGAUGAAUGCAUUCAUUCUGUGAAUCAUGCGUGACGUGUACUGAUUUGAACUCCAGAAGUAUAUCACAUUUCACUUAUCUCUGUACCACACACAUAAGCACGGCUGGGUGACUGGUUGUUUACAACUCAUUGACUGGUAGGUUACGGCUGGUUGACUGAUAAGUUACAACUCAUUGACUGGUACGUUACAACUCAUUGUCUGGUAGGUUACAACUCAUUGACUGGUAGGUUACAACUCUUUUACCUUUUUCUUGAUUAAUUUAACAGAAAUGUAAAAAUUCAACUUUUUAUUUUUUACGUCGGUUCAACCGUCACUCUUGACGCUCGCGGCAUAAUAGGGUUGUUGUUUCCCGCUCAAUACCAACAUUAUAAACAUGUUUAGUAGGGGGGGGGGGAGCCGGUUGGGAAAUGGACCGAGCCACAACCGACGCGGAAUAUACCUAUAUGAGAUGCUUUUGAGAGACAAUUAUUGAUUUCAUUAACUGCUAUUUUUUAUUUAUUUAUUUAGGCAUUUUUAUAUAGCGCUUACCUUAAAGCUCAAAGCGCUUUACAAUUAUUAAAAACAUGUAAACUAAGUUAAAUAAAAAUAAGACACUAGGAUAGUAACUACUAUACUAUAGAUAGAAAUAAUUAAAAUGGCUAUAAAACGAGGGCACGAUUUGGCCUAUACUACAGGAUCAACCCGAGACAGAAAAUGAGGUAGGGCAAGGAGGGUGCAUCACAGGUCAUAGGCGGACCUAAAAAGAUGGGUUUUAAGGGACUUUUUGAAAGUGGACGAGGUUUCACAAUGGCGGAUAUGGAAGGGGAGCUGGUUCCAGAACGUGGGCCCAUGGAAGCAGAAGGAGCGUUCACCGAUGGUCUUAGUUUUAGUUCUUGGGAUUGAGAGGGUUCUACUGUCAAUGGAAGAACGUAGUUGUCUUGUCUUGUGGGGAUGUAAGGAAGCAACAGUUCAGAGAGAUAGACAGGAAAGUGAGGGUCAGUGAACGAGUUGAAGCAUAGAUUGGCAGACUUGUACUUGAUGCGAGAGGAUAUUGGAAGCCAGUGGAGUUACCGCAUGUGUGGUUGAAUGUGUUCGUGUUUCUUUGAUUUAAAAAUGAGUCUGCAUGCUGAGUUCUGUGGCUUCUGAAGUUUGUCUAUGUGGUGUUGAAGAAUGCCUGCGAGAAGAGUGUUACAGUAGUCAAAUUUUGAAAGAAAGAGUGAAGAGACGAGAGUUUUUGUGGCAUCAAAGGAGGGGAGGUGUCUAAUGGUGCUGAUUUUUUCUAAUUUCGUUAAAUGCUGAUCUACAUACAUUCGUGACAUGUUUGUUCAUGGAGAGGGUGUCUGUAAGCGUGACUCCAAGAUUUCUGGCAGAGGAAGAGAGUGUAAUGUCAGAGUUGCCAAUAGAUAUAGAAGAAGGAGCGGAUGGAGGGAGAGGUUUGUUUUGAGAGUGGAUGAGAAGGAUUUCCGUUUUAUCAUCAUUUAGCUUCAGUUUGUUGCAAGUAACAAUGCUCCCCCUCGUAAAUUGUGUGUUGAAGGGCCACAUCAUUUUAAGCUUUCAAUGUAUGGGCAUGGGCACUUGAUCCCGGGCAGUUGCCGAGGCUUGACGUGGGGCAAAAACGAGAAAGGUGUGACACACUGGUAUACUGGUUACCUUCUGUUGGUUUGGUGUUCGAUAACGUAUUAAUAAUAAUUGGAUGAUUGUCAUUUUCUUUUUAUUAAUCUGCCUUAAAACUAACGUGAAUGCUUUUUUUUUUGGGGGGGGGGGGGACGGGGGGGGGGGGGGGGGAGGAACUGAUAAGCUAGAAUGACAAGAAGAAUGAAUUAUUUAAAAAAGAAGACUUUUAUAAUUGAUCCAUUUAGAAGUAGAUUAGUCAGAGAAACAUGGAGAGAAAAAAUUCCACGACUUCCCGAAGUAGAAUUAUAUAGUUUCAAUAGCUUCCUAGUCCACGAAUUUCUUUAAAGUAUCAUUGGAAAUAAUUGUUUAUUGACGAAGACUGGCUCAGACAAAUGAAAACACUUCCGUAUUUCCUUAGCCUCAGGGACGAUUACGUCAAAGUUCGCAGAUUUGACGGAUAUGGAACAAGAUAAUUUCAAGUUUUAUGUCAACUUCCGAUUCACUGGUUUAUUGAAUAAAAAUAUCAAGUUGAAAUGCUGUCCUGAUCCCCAGCCUCUGGCGUAAGUACAUCAAAUUAUUCUCAUUAGUAUAAUUCUUCUUUAUUCUCAAUCGAUUUAUGCUUCAUUUAUUCUCAGUAGAUUUAUCAAUCUAUGUAAGCACUAAAUUUAUAUUGCUUUUGUGUGUGUUCUUUAUCGAAUUUUAGCGUGACAUUACCCAGAUUUAAUAAAUAAAUAAAUAAAUAAAUAUAUAUACAAGUUUAUAGCUUGCCAAACAUUGGUGACAGCAAUGCAUGAACUUCCAUCUACUGCAGUUUCUUGACACAGCAUGAACUCACAUUUAAGAAUCCCAAUUUUCGCUACACCCUUCCCCCCAUGAUACGCCACAGCACACUUUUUUAUUUCACGCCCUAGAUCUGCAUUAAUAUUCUGAUGCCCCAACCACUUUUAAACUAAGUAUUAAUUUUCACCAUUUUUAAAUUGAGACGAUUUCAUUUUCCGAAAAUAAAAUAUUCCGCACCAAACGCAUUGGGGUUAUUGUAAAUUUUAAAAAAUCACUUAGCGCACCGGUAGUUAUCGGGAUAUAUAUUUAUUUUUUGAUUGCUGUCCGGAAGCAAUGCUAUUUCCCAUAGCCAAAUACACGUUACAAAAUGCAAAGCAUAUAGCAAAAGCUACGAAAAUAAUCUCAGACCAAAUUCACUGAAAAGGAAGCAGCCAGUUGCAGCCGGAAAUGGAAGCAAUCCACCAGAAGCGUAAUAUAUAUAUGAUAUCCUUUCUAAUUAGUAAUCUUUUCGUGUGUAUAUAUUUAUGUAUACACAUUUAUUACUAAUUACAAAGCAAAUAUAAAUAAACUGAGUGUACCACCGGGUACCUGAUCCACUAGAACUCUAUAGAGAUGACUGCACAUUUUCAAAUUGAAUGUAUUUAAAGUUAUUUAUUUCUUUAAUUUACAUCUGGAAGAUUUGCGUAUAUUACGAGUGAAGUGGCGAUCAUCGGUAAGCCUAUAUCGUUUGAAGUUUUAAAUUAACGCAAUAACAGCAUUAGUCAAAAUCGCUCUUCGUCUCUGAGCCACUAUGAUCCUCUAGCACAUUGUCUUUGAGCCACUAUGAUCCUCUAGCACAUUGUCUUUGAGCCACUAUGAUCCUCUAGCACAUUGUGUCUGAGCCACUAUGAUCCCCUAGCACAUUGUCUUUGAGCCACUAUGAUCCUCUAGCACAUUCUCUUUGAGCCAGUAUGAUACUCUAGCACAUUGUCUUUGAGCCACUAUGAUCCUCUAGCACAUUGUCAUUGAGCCACUAUGAUCCUCUAGCACAUUGUCUUUGAGCCACUAUGAUCCUCUAGCACAUUGUCUUUGAGCCACUAUGAUCCUCUAGCACAUUGUCAUUGAGCCACUAUGAUCCUCUAGCACAUUGUCUCUGAGCCACUAUGAUCCUCUAGCACAUUGUCUUUGAGCCACUAUGAUCCUCUAGCACAUUCUCUUUGAGCCAGUAUGAUACUCUAGCACAUUGUCUUUGAGCCACUAUGAUCCUCUAGCACAUUGUCAUUGAGCCACUAAGAUCCUCUAGCACAUUGUCUUUGAGCCACUAUGAUCCUCUAGCACAUUGUCAUUGAGCCACUAUGAUCCUCUAGCACAUUGUCUUUGAGCCACUAUGAUCCUCUAGCACAUUGUCAUUGAGCCACUAUGAUCCUCUAGCACAUUGUCUUUGAGUCCCUAUGAUCCUCUAGCACAUUGUCUGUGAGCCACUAUGAUCCUCUAGCACAUUGUCUUUGAGCCCCUAUGAUCCUCUAGCACAUUGUCUUUGCAGGGCCUCAUCUUUAUUCCGAGCUCUGUUGUUGCAUUAUAAGUCGGAUGACACAAUGAAAUCGGACAUGCAAUUUUAUUUCAAAUGUCUUCGCAUUUCUGCCGAAGCGCCGAGAAACAAAUCAUUUUUAAUACGGUUGAUUUCUUCCUAGCCCGGCUUCGGCGGUUCUCCAAUCAAGACGGUACAAUUUACAUGAUCGAAUAUUGGGAGAUGUCAUUGCAGAAGCACUUGCUAACUUUAUUAGAUAUUCAGACUUCAAUAUAAAUAAAUGCAUAAUACUUCACUGGCUGAUAUGGCUUGUAGGUUACACCAUGACUCUAUUUCAAACUGACGAGCUUAGAGAAGCGCAGUGAAGACCAGUCAAAGAUUAUCCUUCGUCAUUUUGAUUAUUCUGUAAAGGAAUUAAAAACCACGGCAGGCUAAAUAGUCCACACACGAACCUUGCCCGUGUAUUGAAGUCAUGGGAGCUUGCAGCAUCGGAUAUUUCUUCACAAAGAGAAACCGAUGCAGUCAUGUCACUACAUCACCUACCAUGUUUCUUAAUCAUCCAACCGGUGACAUCAUCGCCUACCACGUCAAUACCUACCACCAUGUCACUACAUACUCCACAAUGUAAUUACAUCACCCAACAUGUCACCACGUGUGACCACAUCAACGAACUCGUCACCACAUCACCCACCAGUGAACCACAUCACCGAACACGUAAUCACCUCACCUGCUAUGUAACCACAUCACCUGCUAUGUAACCACAUCACCUGCCAUGUAACCACAUCACCUGUCAUGUAACCACAUUACCUGCCAUGUAACCACAUCACCUGCCAUGUAACCGCAUCAUUCACCAAUAAGAUAAGAAUUAUUACAAAAAAAUGUGCAAAAUAAAUUCCAUUAUAAAUAAAUAUUCUACCCAAGAAAAAAACUUUUGAGAACAAUCUCAAAAAGGAUAUCUUAAGCCUUAAGUAUAUCUCCAACGAAAUGAAAGCAUCUAUUAUUUACCAGAGAACUGAAAUCCAUUGAUGACAAUAAUGACUUAUUUAGUGACCAUUUAGAUUUUAUAUCUGCUGGUGCAGCACGCUGGUAAAAUAUGAUAGACCGGAAAACAAUGGAAUUCUUAUCUAUUUCUGUCCUUACUUUAAGGGGAAAGGAUUCGCUCUGAUCCAGCUGAUCUUAGUUAUCUGCCAUGAAGAGAUCUAAAUUGCCAAUUGUGCGGGUAGGCCGACGAAAUGGUGGACCGCAGAAUUUGGCCGUGUUUAUGACAUGUUAUUAAUGGUGACACCUGAGUAAUUUAACGUCUCCAUUUGUUCUAUACUUUGAUUAUUUAUUGUGAGGUCUGCAUUUGGAGGGAUUCCCUCUCGAAAUUCGGCAGCCAUUUCAUUCAUUAUAGAGACAAGCAACCGAAAAAGAUCUGCAUUGAACCAAAUGACAAGACUUGUAACUAUUUUGCGAUACAGGCUUUUCUCCUUUUUUUAUAAAGCAGUUUUAUUUUACUCAAUUUUGUCAACAGAAAAUUCGAGUUCCGUCCCGUGGUUGGAGAAAAACCGUACGUUGAAAACGUUGGUCACGUGUACCCAGAGCUCACAGGAGCCAGGAUGUGGCUCGAAAUUGGAGGCACUGAAACCGCGUUCACAGGUAGCACUAGUAUACAAUAAGAGUAAUUAGGGUAGGCCAUAGGCACCAUGAUAAGCGAUUAUUAAAAGGUAUUCAAAGAGGAAAACAAGAUGGCACCACAAUUAGUAACUAAAUUUAUGGCCAGUAAUUAGGCUUUGAAUUUAUAGUUAGCAUCAUGGUUUGUAAUACUUAGAGAGAAUGCAAAAUGACAGAGGAACGAAGAGGGGUGCAAGACCCAUACCCCAGAGGAAAAAGGCUCAAAGGCAGACCUAGGCUUAGAUGGAUGGUUGAUAUGGAAAAAGAUCUACAACAACUAAAAAUCCAAGGAGGGAAAAAAAGAGCCUUAGUUAAUUCUGUGUGGAAGGAAGUAGUGAGGCAGGCCAAAGCCCCCCCCCAUGGGCUAUUGCGCCACAGGGAUGGAUGGAUGGAUUAUGGUUUGUAACAGUCGUUAGGAUUAGAGUUUGUAACAGUCGUUAAGAUUAGGGUUUGUAACGAUCGAUAGGAUUAGAAUUUGUAACAAUCAUUAGGAUUAGGGUUUGUAACAAUCGUUAAGAUUAGAGUUUGUAACAAUCGUUAGGAUUAGAGUUUGUAACGAUCGUUAGGAUUAGGGUUUGUAAAAGUCGUUGGGAUUAGAGUUUGUAACGAUUUAUAGGAUUAGGGUUUGUAACAAUCGUUAGGAUUAGGUCUUGUAACAAUCAUUAGGAUUAGGUCUUGUAACGAUCGUUAGGAUUAAGGUUUGUAAUAAUCGUUAGGAUUAGUUUUUGUAACAGUCGUUAGGAUUAGAGUUUGUAACAAUCAUUAUGAUUAGGGUUUGUAACAAUCGUUAUGAUUAGGGUUUGAAACAUUCGUUAGGAUUGGAGUUUGUAACGAUCGUUAGGAUUAGAGUUUGUAACAAUCGUUAGGAUUAGGGUUUGUAACAUUCGUUAGGAUUAGAGUUUGUAACAGUCGUUAGGAUUGGAGUUUGUAACGAUCGUUAGGAUUAGGUUUUGUAACGAUCUUUAGGAUUAGGGUUUGUAACAGUCGUUGGGAUUAGAGUUUGUAACGAUCUUUAGGAUUAGGGUUUGUAACAAUCGUUAGGAUUAGGUCUUGUAACAAUCAUUAGGAUUAGGUCUUGUAACGAUCUUUAGGAUUAGGGUUUGUAACAAUCGUUAGGAUUAGAGUUUGCAACAGUCGUUAGCAUUAGAGUUUGUAACAGUCGUUAGGGUUUGGGUUUCUAACCAUUCGCAGGAUUAGAGUUUGAAACAAUCGUUAGGAUUAGAGUUUGAAACAGUCGUUAGGAUUAGAGUUUGUAACAGUCUUUAGGAUUAGGGUUUGUAACAAUCAUUAGGAUUAGGGUUUGUAACAAUCAUUAUGAUUAGGGUUUGUAACAAUUGUUAGGAUUAGGGUUUGUAACAAUCGUUAGGAUUAGCGUUUGUAACAAUCAUUAGGAUUAGGGUUUAUUAACAAUUGUUAGGAUUAGGGUUUAUUAACAAUUGUUAGGAUUAGGGUUUGUAACAGUCGUUAUGAUUAGGGUUUGUAACAAUCAUUAGGAUUAGCGUUUAUGACAAUCAUUAGGAUUAGGGUUUGUAACAAUUGUUAGGAUUGGGGUUUGUAACAAUCGUUAGGAUUAGAGUUGGUAACAAUCGUUAAGAUUAGAGUUUGUAACAAUCGUUAGGAUUAGAAAACAGAUAUAAUGUCUUGCCUUGUGCAGACUUCCUCUAGCAUUAACGCAAUAGCAGAUGAGAUCGGAACAAGUAUUUAAAGGGCAUUGCUUUUUUUUUCCCCGCAGAUGCAGAGACUUACUACUCUGUUGGGAUUGUUGAUCCCAUGGGAAGCUCAAGUAUCAAUAACCCUUGGGGUCAUUACUUUAUAUCCAACUUCAAAUACCCAGGUAGGUAUCAGCAACAGCAGGCCAAAGACGUUGUUGAUAGUGUUGACCUAGGGUGAGCUGCAAUGAAACGGUACGUUAGAUGUAUUUACUUAUCUUCAGGUCUCAUUAGAUCUAGGAGACAAAAGAAAAAAAGUUGAUAUUUAUAAAAAUGAAGGUAUAAUCCUUUUGCUACCUUCUAGUUUCUUUCAAUCAUCUCUCCGGGAGGGCAGUGUCCCCCCCCCCCCCCAACGGUUGUACAACAAUAAAAAGAAAGUAUUUAAAAAAACAACAACUAACAAAUUGUUAUUGUUUAUGAACAUUUUAAAAAGAAUAAUAACUGGUGCAUUUAACCGAUUACAAUUAGUGGAGCCAAAGAAAUAUCGCUAUGCUCAAUAUAUUUGCUGUUAAGGUUAAUCUUGCUAGAGGCUUACAAUAUUCGAAUACAAGUUUCAAAUUGGCCACACCUGAUUAUCGGGCCAAAUCUUACAUCUUGUUGUUCGCAUAUAUCGGUAUUUUUAUUUAUUUAUUUUUUGCAACUUCACAAGUUUAGAGACUUAAGUAAUAAGUGUAUGAAAGAAACUGUCUUUUCAUCAAUAUAAAGGUCUAUGAUUUUAAUAUAAUUCUUUCCAAGUAUCAAACAUGUGCAAUCUGCUCUCCAAUUAUAUGUCAUCAUAAGAGCAUGAUCUUGAAAUUAGUGAUUUAAAGCUACUUAUAAAGUGUAUGAUGACAUCACGCUUAAAAAAAUAUACUUAUGAGCAUAGUUUGUAAUGUGGGUUGACCUAGGUAAAAUAAAACGUAAAAAAAAAAUGAUUAAAAAAAAAAAGUUAAGUACGGUAUUUAACGCUAGCGUUCAAAUAGUCUAUGUUUCAACAAUCAUAAUUAAAACGAAAGCGUUCGCAUGCUCUCUAGGCGCACUCCAUUUGUAUCACAGUUUCCUGUAUAAGAGAGGUUAAAGAGGAAACAUUAAUUAGAUUUAUCAAAUUUCCUACCUCUUCUCUCUUUUUAAUAUGAGAAUAAUAAACGAUCUCCCCAACCUAUCUGAACGCAUUUUUAAAACAUUUAUUGGUUAAAAUGAUAAAACAGCAGACAGCUAAAAAACAAACAACAAAAAACCCCCCCCACUAUUUUGCAACUAGUUUUAGUAAAAAAAGUAUUUUUAAAUGGUCACUUUACACUAAAUUUAAUAGAUUUGUUUGAAAAGCUGUGUUAAAGAAUUUCAAAGAGGCAAUUUAAAAUGUAUCAGAAGAAAUGCAUAUUUCUUUGAAAUUCCAAACAUACAUGAUAAUCAAAUAAAUUUUCGGAAACGUAAAUAUUUUUUGUACGUUUUCCCACGGAUAAAUUCACACAUUAAUAAUUAAUGUUUUUUUUGUAAACAGCUCAUGUCUUCUUUAUAUAAUUACGCAUUUCAUAUACGAUUUAUAAAAAUAAACAGUUUUGAAAAUAUCUUAAAAUGUAUCGACCUUACUAAAAGACAUAUUUUUUUCUCUUUUUGACCCACAUAAAACUUGGAAAAUGUAUUUAUUAUAUAUAUUUUUUCCAUGGCGUUCUACAUUUAAAAUAAUGUUGGUAGUGCUUAAUUCGUACUCCAAAAGAUGAAAGAUAAAACCACAGAGCAAUUUAGUAAUCUAUAUAUAUAUAUAUAUAUAUAUAUAUAUAUAUAUAUAUAUAUAUAUAUAUAUAUAUAUAUUACAUAACCGCGCCCAACAGAGAAGACGCUUGUCUUUUAGAGACUCUCUCCCCCUCUCCCCCCCCCCCCCACCACUGCAUAACCGGGCCCAUCAGAGAAGUCGCUUGACUUUUCGAGACCCUCUGCCACUUUCCCCCCCCCCCUCCACUACUUUACCUUCAAAUUUGAUCAUUCAAAAAGUGUCAACAGCACAACUUUAAGUCCCUAAAAUAUCGGAGGCCCCUUGCAGCCGCAGGGGUUCAGGGCCCACACGAUGGCUCUGAGGUCAAAUGAAACCUACAUUUUUAACGAGCAUGCCUUCCAUUGAUCUCCGAAUACUUGUACAAUGAUGCAAAACUAAUUUAUACAUCUUAAAAUCCAUUCUUGCAUUUUAUAUUUAUCAAAAAUUCUCUGGGACUUUCAAAGAUUUAAGGGGGUAACACUUAGCUCGUCUAAAAAGUAUACCACAAAGGGCAUCAGCUGGAAUGAAUUUAGCUCAUGUUGGACUGGGGCGGCGUUAGAGAUGUUCCUGAUCUUUAUUAUGGCUACUUCUGGCACUCCCCAGCAGAAGUUCAAAAUGGCCUCUUCCAAAUUGCCUGAAAAGAAAAAUCAAAUUCAAUUUUGUGCCAAAGUUCAUCCCUGCAUUUUAAAUUAAUCAGUUUUUCUAUGGGGACCCCUGUUUAUGUGAGAGUUUUCAGCACCAGCAAUUUCUACUCACCCGUUCCCUCAUGCCAAUCAAAAUGACAGUACGGGGUUAAUCCAGGCUUGUGCAAAGUGAUUACUUUGGUGAGUGCGACAACUGGAGGGAAUUCAGUUUAUGCAUGGUACUGGGCGCAAUAAUGCCUCCUCCAAUCAAAUAGUGUAAUAGAAACAAUGAAUUCAGGUAUUCUCCAAAAUUCACCUCUUGUUUUAAAAUAAUCUAUAUUUCUUGGGGCAGUGAUUCCCAGACCCUGGACCCCCUCUCUACCCCCCCCCCCCCAACCGUUUUUCUCGCUCAAAAGUAAUCACUUUAUGCCCUACUUCCCGAUUAAGAUGACAGUACAGCAGACCCUUCUUCCGCUCAAGAGCAAUUGAUGCCCUUAAUUGUUGACAUAAUUCCCGAUAAAUAUUAUUGACACUCUGGUGUCUAAUGGCGUACCUAGUAUUAGUGCCGCUAUCGGCGGACCAAGACUUUUGUAUCUUUCGCGAUAAGAACUCAGGAGUUGUCCACACAAUGACACUCCUCCAUUGUAGUGCCAUCGCAAGUCUGGUGCCCGGGGACAUCUAUCUUCUCUGCCUUCCCUAGCUACGCCUCUGGCAACUGUCAUCCUCCCUGAAAAUCCAAAAUGACCUCCCUCCCCCAGAGGAAAAUAUCUGAAAAAAAACACUAAUUGGGACUGACCCUAAAAAAACACUAAUUGGGACUGACCCUAAAAAAAACAAAAAGGAGGGGAGGGGAAUUAAAGGGAGAAUCAGUAGGUUGCAAGUUUAAAUUUACAUAGUGGGGAGGAGGGGAGUGGUACGGGGGGAGUGGUAUGAGGGGAGGGGAGUCGUACUGUGGGUAGGAAAGAGUUUCAUGAUGUGUUAAAGUGGUACUUCUGGUGUGAAAGUGUUUCUUGGGGUGUGAAAGUGUUACUUGGUGUGUGAAAGUGUUACUUGGUUAUGAAAGUGUUACUUGUGGUAUGAAAGUGUUACUUGGUGUGUGAAAGUGUUACUUGGUGUGUGAAAGUGUUACUUGGUGUGUGAAAGUGUUACUUGGUGUGUGAAAAUGUUACUUGGUGUGUGAAAGUCUUACUUGGUGUGUGAAAGUCUUACUUGGUGUGUGAAAGUAUUACUUGGUGUGUGAAAGUGUAACUUGGUGUGUGAAAGUGUUACUUGGUGUGUGAAAGUGUUACUUGGUGUGUGAAAGUGUUACUUGGUGUGUGAAAGUGUUACUUGGGGUAGAAACGUGUUACAUGGUGUGUGAAAGUUUUACUUGGUGUGUUAAAUUCUUACUUGGUUAUGAAAGUGUUACUUGGUGUGUUAAAGUGUUACUUGGUUAUGAAAGUGUUACUUUGUGUGUGAAAGUGUUACUUGGCGUGUUAAAAUGUUACUUUGUUAUGAAAGUUUUACUUGGUGUGUAAAGGUGUUACUUGAUGUGUUAAAGUGUUACUUCGUGUGUGAAAGUGUUAGUUGGUGUGUGAAAGUGUUACUUGGGGAGUGGAAGAUUUCCUUGGUGUGUGAAUGUGUUACUUGGAGUGUGAAAGUGUUACUUGGGGUGUGAAAGUGUUACUUGGUUUGUGAAAGUGUUACUUGGUGUGUUAAAGUGUUACUGGUGUGUUAAAGUGUAAUCUGGUUAUGAAAGUAAUAAUUUUUGUGUUAAAGUGUUACUUGGUUAAUAAAGUGUUACUUGGUGUGUUAAAGUAUUACUUGGUUAUGAAAGGGUUACUUGGUUAUGAAAGUGUUACUUGGUUAUAAAAGUGUUACUUGUUUAUGAAAGUGUUACUUGGUUUGUUAAAGUGUUACUUGGUGUGUUAAUGUGUUACUUGCUUAUGAAAGUGUUAAUUGGUGUGUUAAAGUGUUACUUGCUUAUGAAAGUGUUAAUUGGUGUGUUAAAGGGCUACUUGGUUAUGAAUGUGUUACUUGGUGUGUUAAAGUGUUACUUGGUGUGUUAAAGUGUUAUUUGGUUAUGAAAGUGUUACUUGGUGUGUUAAAGUGUUAAUUGGUGUGUUAAAGGGUUACUUGGUUAUGAAAGUGUUACUUGGUGUGUUAAAGUGUUACUUGGUGUUUUAAAGUGUUAAUUGGUUAUGAAAGUGUUACUUGGUGUGUUAAAGUGUAAUUUGGUUAUGAAAGUGAUACUUUGUGUGUUAAAGUGUUACUUGGGGUGAGAAAGUGUUACUUGGUUAUGAGAGUGUUACUUGGUGUGUUAAAGUGUUUCUUGGUUAUGAAAGUGUUACUUGGUUAUCAAAGUGUUACUUGCUGUGUUAAAGUGUUACUUUGUUAUGAAAGUGUUACUUGGUGUGUUAAAGUGUUACUUGGUGUGUGAAAGUGUUACUUGGUUAUGAAAGUGUUACUUGGUGUGUUAAAGUGUUACUGGUGUGUUAAAGUGUUACUUGUUUAUGAAAGAGUUACUUGAUUAUUAACGUGUUACUUGGUUAUUAAAGUUUUACUUGUUUAUGAAAGUGUUACUUGGUGUGUUAAAGUUUUACUUUGUUAUGAAAGUGUUACUUGGUGUGCGAAAGUGUUACUUGGUGUGUUAAAGUGAUACUGUAACCUUGGUUAUGAAAGUGUUACUUGGUGUGUUAAAGUAUUAAUUGGUUAUGAAAGUGUUACUUGGUGUGUGACAUUGUUACUUGGUUAUGAAAGUGUUACUUGGUGUGUUAAAGUGUUACUUGGUUAUGAAACUGUUACUUGGUGUGUUAAAGUGUUACUUGGUGUGUUAAAGUGUUACUUGGUGUGUUAAAGUGUUACUUGGUGUGUGAAAGUGUUACUUGUAGUGUGAAAGUGUUACUUGGUGUGUGAAAGUUUUACUUGGUGUGUAAAAGUGUUACUUGGUGUGUGAAAGUGUUACUUGGUGUGUGAAAGUGUUACUUGGUGUGUGAAAGUGUUACUUGGUGUGUGAAAGUGUUACUUGAUGUGUUAAAGUGUUAUUUGGUGUGUUAAAGUUGGUUAUGAAACUGUUACUGGUGUGUUAAAGUGUUUCUUGGUGUGUUAAAGUGUUACUUCGGGUGUGAAAGUGUUACUUGGUGUGUUAAAGUGUUACUUUGAGUGUUAAAGUGUUACUUGGUGUGUUAAAUUGUUAUUUGGUGUGUUAAAGUGUUACUUGGUGUUUUAAAGUGUUACUUGGUGUAUUAAAAUGUUACUUGGUGUGUUAAACUUUUACUUGGUUUGUUAAAGUGUUACUUGGUGUAUUAAAGUGUUACUUGGUGUGUUAAAGUGUUACUUGGUGUGUUAAAGUGUUACUUGGUGUGUUAAAGUGUUACUUGGUGUAUUAAAUUCUUACUUGGUUAUGAAAGUGUUACUUGGUGUGUUAAAGUGUUACUUGGUUAUGAAAGUGUUACUUUGUGUGUGAAAGUGUUACUUGGAGUGUUAAAGUGUUACUUGGUGUGUUAAAGUGUUACUUUGUUAUGAAAGUUUUACUUGUUGUGUGAAAGUGUUACUUGAUGUGUUAACUUGUUACUUGGUGUGUGAAAGUGUUACUUGGUGUGUGAAAGUGUUACUUGGUUUUAAAAGUGUUACUUCGUGUGUGAAAGUUUUACUUGGUGUUUGAAAGUGUUACUUGGUGUGUAAAAGUUUAACUUGGUGUGUGAAAGUGUUACUUGGUGUGUGAAAGUGUUUUUUGCGCUGUGAAAGUAUUACUUUUGGUGUGAAAGUGUUACAUUGUGUGUGAAAGUGAUACUUGGUGCGUAAAAGUGUUACUUGGUGUGUGAAAGUGUUACUUGGUGUAUGAAAGUGUUACUUGGUGUGUGAAAGUGUUACUUGGUAGUUAAAGUGUUACUUGGUGUGUUAACGUGUUACUUGGUUAUGAAAGUGUUACUUGGUUAUGAAAGUGUUACUUGGUGUGUUAAAGUGUUACUUGCUUAUGAAAGUGUUAAUUGAUGUGUUAAAGUGUUACUUCGUUAUGAAAGUUUACUUGGUGUGUUAAAGUAUUACUUGGUGUGUUAAAGUGUUACUUGGUUAUGAAAGUGUUACUUGGUGUGUUAAAGUGUUACUUGGUUAUUAAAGUGUUACUUGGUGUGUUUAAGUGUUACUUGGGGUGUGAAAGUGUUACUUGGUGUGUGAAAGUGUUAGUUGGUGUGUUAAAGUGUUACUUGGUUAUGAAAGUGUUACUUGGUGUGUGAAAGUGUUACUUGCUGUGUUAAAGUGUUACUUUGUUAUGAAAGUGUUACUUGGUGUGUUAAAGUGUUACUUGGUGUGUUAAAGUGUUACUUGGUUAUGAAAGUGUUACUUGGUGUGUUAAAGUGUUACUGGUGUGUUAAAGUGUUACUUGGUUAUGAAAGGGUUACUUGGUUAUGAAAGUGUUACUUGGUUAUGAAAGUUUUACUUGUUUAUGAAAGUGUUACUUGGUGUGUUAAAGUGUUACUUCGUUAUGAAAGUGUUACUUGGUGUGUGAAAGUGUUACUGGGUGUGUUAAAGUGUUAUUUGGUUAUGAAAGUGUUACUUGGAGUGUUAAAGUGUUACUUGGUUAUGAAAGUGUUACUUGGUGUGUUAAUGUUUUACUUGGUGUUUGAAAGUGUUACUUGGUGUGUGAAAGUGUUACUUGGUUUUGAAAGUGUUACCUGGGGUAGAAACGUGUUACUUUGGUUGUUAAAGUGUUGAAUGGCCAUUUUCAUUAUACAUGAAUAUAAAAAAUAUUAUUUUGUUAAACAGACACAACAAAAAUGUUUUUGAUAACAACUCAUUAAGUGAAAAAGAAUCACCUUAAACUACGUCGUCUGAAGUUAGUAUUAAAAAAACUGAUUGCCCUGUGCUUGAGUGUGUACAACGGAGAAACGAUCCUACUCCAAGUAACUGUAAGCGAAAUUGAUGCCGAUUGGAUAGGUCGCAGCCUAUGCACGCUACAUUUUAUUUUUCCAGAUGCAAAUACAGGCAGAGAAGUACUGCAACAGUACUCGCCCCCGACACCACCUUUUGGGAACCAUACCUAUGUCAUUCUACUCUUUAGUCAUAAAGAUAAAAUCAGUCAAGUACCAGUUGGUUCAUGUGGCACAGACCCAGCAGGAGGGUAAGACAAACAAGAUAGUCAGGCAUGGUUAUUAUUGUGUUGACCGACUAGGUCAUUAGCUGUAUGUGGUCUAGUGGUGUUUACCGGUUAGAUCAUUACCGUUAUGUGUUCUCUUAGUGUUGAUAAUCUAGGUUUUAAAGGGGCCAUUCAUUGCGUACGUACGUACAAAAAGUCAAUUUUCGACUCCCCCCCCCCCCAAAAACCACUGUUACCAGGGCACUUUUUUCGAUCCCCCACCCCGAUGCGUGCGUUCAAGAAGCCUAAGAGCCCUACCCCCACCCCAAACAAACCAAACAACAACAACAACAAACAACAACACAAACUAGAUUUAUAGAUAAUUAUGACGUCACAGAAACAAAUUUACCAGUCGUUUGCACAGCCGAUUGUUUGACCAGACCAGUGGUUCCCAUGAUCUAUGCCCCGUCGCCGUGGGUGCCACUUUGUCCCCGGGCAGAGCCAUGAGAAUGGGGCAAAGAGCAAAGACGCAUCGAGCAUUAUCCCCGUCUUUAGAUAGCACCUAAGUAGAUUACAUUUUUACAGGCUCGAACCGAAUAGAUUUUUUUCUAUAUAAUUAGUUGCACCAUCUACCGCUUAGCCCCAGGUACAGCGUUUUUUCGGCAUAGCCCUGCUCUGGGUUGCUUCGGUUUGGCCAUGUCCUGGGUUUGCUCGGAUUGGCACUGUCCUGGGACUCUUUGGCUUAGCCAUGUACUGGGUUUGCUCGGAUUGGCACUGUCCUGGGACUCUUUGGCUUGGCCAUGUCCUGGGUCGCUUAGGCUACCCCAUGUCCUGGGUUGCUUUGGCUUGGCCAUGUCCGGAGUUCCUUCUGCCUGGCCAUGUCCGGGUUUACUUUGGCUUGGCCAUGUCCUGGGUUCCUUCGGCUUGGCCAUGUCCUGGGUUACUUUGACUUGGCCAUAUCCUCGCUUACUUGGCCAUGUCCUGGGUUGCGUUGGCCUGGCUAUUUCCUGGGUAUCUCCGGCUUAAUCUUGUCCUGGGUUGCUUUUGCUUAGCAAUGUCUUGGGUUGCUUCGGUUUCAUACCCACAAGUUCAUGAAAUCUCAAAUUCGUCAACUCCACACCCUCCCUUUCGUACACUAUGGAUGGCCCCCAAAAGGAUGUGUUCUAAUAGUGGUUACAGGCUAGUUCAUGAAUUGUUGAUGGUCAGUGUUUGUAACGACCUCUAAUCCAUUGUAUACAGUUUGUCCCUCAUUCAUUGAUGAGCUGUCGCCGUUUUCUCUAUCCUCGUUCAGACCAUCCGGCAGCCCAUGCUGGAACCUGAAAGAGCUACCCUCCGAUUUCGUUGUAAUCGCUCUGUCGUGGUUUGAUGCGGAGUCGGACGAAUUUUCUCAAGAAUACGCAUCAAAAACUUCUCAAACAGGUAGUACCCAGGGCAACCAACUGCUCCAAUGACUCGAUAGAAAAAUCCGGCUAUUAUCAUUCUUAAAUAUGCAUUAAUAAUCAAUGAUGCCAAUUAAAAACAAUCCACCUUUUAAAAAUGUUCUCCUAAUGUUAGAUAUAGGCGUUCUAUAUUUUACUCUCAUUUAAUCUUUUCCUGGUGAACGACCUUAAGCUGACCCCACAUUCGCAUGCGUUAUUAUUGGGCGUGGCUUACUCCCGUUGAUCUUUUUUUACCGCAAACCAAUCUAUCGCCUGUUUCUAGACUCGAAUGCGGUAGAACACUGUAGAACAUUUGAGUCACUUUGCGUUGCGUAUUAUGACCUCAAAUCUUCUAUGGAUAGACUAUAAAUACAUCCGAAUGGUUGAAUGAGACAGCAGAAUGCAAGAGAUAGACGCAGACAGCGUGAGAGAGUUAUUUUGGAAUGAGUGAGUGCUUUGCUUACAUCAGGCUUCCUUUCAUUAUUUGUACCUUUUUGCACACUAUGGUUUAUUCGACAUUGUACUGGUACCAGCCACACAAUAUACUUUAAUAGUUUUAAAUUAUAAAUCUUUUUGACUUUUGUACUUUAUUAUUAAUUGAAUAUAACUUAUUAAUUGUAAUAGGCCCUGAUUCGAGUAUCGUAUUCUCUGUUAUUGUUUUUUAUCAUUUGGUAUCGUCUUUUGGUAUGCACUGUUUUGGAACGAGCCAUACAUGUAAACAGGAGAUUAAUUUCUCCCUACUGACAACGGUGCGUAACACUUGCAUUAAUCAUUUUUAAAACGACUUUCCACUAAAAACGAAGUUGACUCAUGUAAGAGGGCUUUGAAAUUUAUUUGCGUAUAUCAAAAAUUCCACUCUUCUAGUCACACUGGAUCUAUUAGUUUCAUGUCUCUUCUACCCACACUGGAUCUUAUAGUUUCACUUCUCUUCUACCCACCCUGGAUCUAUUCGUUUUAUCUCUCUUUUGAAUUAAUAUUUUACUCUUGGUCUAACAUAUAAUUCAUAACAAACAGUAUUUACUUGGGUUAAAGACAAAGACACGAUACUGUCAGCCUACAUAGGCUGCUAAUCUAAAGCUUGAUGUUUUAACACAAAUAUUUGUGAAUUUUUUUUUUAAAAUCAGUGGUUCUCAUCCUGUGGUUCGCGAACUCUUUGGGGGGUCGAACUACCCAUACACGGUGGUCGCCAAAGACCAUCGGUAAAAUCCCAUUUACUUGACAGUUAUAAAGGAGCAACGAGAUCUAUUUUAUACUUUGGGUUUGCCACAACAUGAGGGGGUUGUAUUAAAGGGUCGCGGAAUUAGGAAGGUUGAGAUCAUGGCUUCUUUCAGCUAUAUCUCGGGGGGGGGGGCAGUGCCUCCCCGGGGAAAGCCAAGUGCCCCCCGGAGCAAAAAUAUGGCCAACAGUAAAUCAACUGGAAAGGCUGGCACGCUCCCCCCCCCCCUGGGGGUUGUAUUAAAGGGGGGGGGAAUUAGGAGGGUUGGGGUCAUGGCUUCUUUCAGCUAUAUCCCGGGGGGGGGGGCAGUGCCUCCCCGGGGAAAGCCAAGUGCCCCCCGGAGCAAAAAUAUGUCCAACAGUAAAUCAACUGGAACUGCUGGCACGCUCCCCCCCCCCCUUUUUCCGAAAAAAUCUGAAGUUCUCCCCCGGGGGAAAAUUUCUGACAGAAACAGUGGUUGAGAUCCACUGUUUUAUAUGAAUCCCGAUAAGCACAAUCUGAAACCUUCGGCGAAAGAAUUUAUUCCGUAUGUCAAGUCAAUCGUAAUUCCUUUGGAUCGAAUGGUUUUUGAACGGGCGAACAUUGGAUAAACCUCCAGUCAGGUUUGAGUUGGGGGAGUCGAAAGCCAUGUCCUGCUACACCAUCACGAUUGUUUUAUUUAAUAGCAUUGGAAACGGGGCUGUCUAUUAAUGGUAUAAUAAAAGGUGUUAGCCUAGAAACUUCCCUUGAAGGGUGGGCACUGUGUAACGCUCGUGUGAACAAACAAUACGGCCCGCUGAUACGUCUAAAGUGGUCCGCAAGUAGUGCCGUGAACAUGUACCCUGCUGUCCGGUUGCAAGCCUGAGACCAACUGUCCAGGCAAUUAGAAAUUAUUUUAAAAAUUUCGUUUUUAAAUAAAAGAUACAAUUUCGAAUAAGACUUUUGUUAUUUUGACCCCUUACCUCCACUGGCGCCAGCUUUAGUCUACCCGAAUUACCAGUAGUGUCUGUCCACGUCAGUCGGUUUUUCACAGGUGAUGCACGAUAGCAAAUAAACUACCUUACAUUCAUGUGCUAAAAUCGACCGAGUGCCCCGGGGAGUAUUUUCCAAUUUUAGUCAGCCCUACCCGCAAGACCCUCAGACGAGUAGAGUAAUGUCUUCGUGGUAAACGCAAUUUGCGAAAGGUUAGCUAUUAAGGCUUAUGAAAAUGGAAAGUGCGGCAACGUAAAAUAAAAAAUUUAAAUUGAAAAGUGGCAGAACACCCUGAAAAUAAUUAGUUAUUCCUCUCCGCCUUUAAAACUCAUUAAAGCUGUCGUAUCUUUUUGUCUUCUUCUUCUUCUAUUCCAGAUUGCUCAGAAAACCCAAAUGCGUUCAGUUGCUUGUCGGGUGGUGCCCCUUUAGAGAGCAACCCACCCAUACGCAUAGCUGUCAGCCACGAGGUUUUGCCAAGCGCAGAUCCUGCUGUCACUGACAAGCCUGCCACUGAGGCUGUCACCGCCGGCACCCCGGCUGCGGCUAAACCAAAUGAGGCAACCGGCCCGGCCACACUCGACGCGAGUAACGACACCACGUUGGCAGAGGUGACGGCCGCCCCCACGCAAAAGGAAACUGUCAAGACGACGAAAGAGCCCGUCAGGUCGAUCGGUUCUAGCGUUGAAACCAGACUGUUUUCUGUGUGGGUCAUCGUUCUUCCAGCCACACUGGAUCUGUUAGAUCUCUUCUAGCCACACUGGAUCUAUUAGUGUCAUCUCUCUUCUACCCACACUGCAUCCAAUAAUUUUAUCUCUCUUCUACCCACACUGCACCCAAUAAUUUCAGCUCUCUUCUAACCACACUGAAUCUAUUAGUUUCAUCUCUCUUCUACCCACACUGCACCCAAUAAUUUCAGCUCUCUUCUACCCACACUGCACCCAAUAAUUUCAGCUCUCUUCUAACCACACUGCAUCCAAUAAUUUCAUCUCUAUUCUAACAACACUGAAUCUAUUAGUUUCAUCUCUCUACUACCCACACUGCAUCCAAUAAUUUCAGCUCUCUUCUAGCCACACUGAAUCUAUUAGUUUCAUCUCUCUUCUACCCACACUGCACCCAAUAAUUUCAUCUCUUUCCUAACCACACUGGAUCUAUCAGUUUCAUCUCUCUUCUACCCACACUGCACCCAAUAAUUUCAUCUCUUUCCUAACCACACUGGAUCUAUCAGUUUCAUCUCUCUUCUACCCACACUGCAUCCAAUAAUUUCAUCUCUCUUCUACCCACACUAGAUACAUUACAUCCAUGUAUCUACCUUUAGCCAUAUUAGAUCUAUUAGAUAAGUGAAACCCACGCCAAUAAGCUGUAAUUUUGCCUAUAAUAGAGUAGCGGAGUAGGUAGGGAGCCGAAAGAAGCGUGUGUGUGUGUGUGGGGGGGGGGUAUACAUCACUUUAUAUCGUUUUGGGAGUAGAAAGACCAUUAAAAAGUGAGGAGUAGGGUCCCAUGAGAUCGUUGGGGGGGGGGGGGGUUAGAAGCUCCCUAUAGUGUUGUGAAGUAGAAAGCCCAUUAUAGCGUGGGGAAGUAGAAUGCCCAUUACAGCUUCGCAGCUAGAAAAAUCAAUAUCGUUUUGGGAGUAGAAAGACCAUUAAAAAGUGAGGAGUAGGGUCCCAUGAGAUCGUUGGGGGGGGGGGGUGUUAGAAGCUCCCUAUAGUGUUGUGAAGUAGAAAGCCCAUUAUAGCGUGGGGAAGUAGAAUGCCCAUUACAGCUUCGCAGCUAGAAAAAUCAACAUAGCAAAGUCCAUUUGCAACGUGUGUGGUAGAAAAACCUGUCAGUUAUACUGGCCAUUACCCGUCUGUCAUCUUGGCCAGGCUUUAGUCCUGUUUUUGUCUGUAUCUCUUGCCUGUUUGUAGUCCUGUGUUUUUCUGCAGUUCUUGUCUUUCAGCGGUACUAAUCAGACGGUAGGCCUGCUGACUUACAACACAACCAACGUUAUGCAUAGGUAGCCUCUAUCACGUAGAUCAUGAUCGUUAUAUUUCUUCUUCCUUGGGCGUAUAGAUUUUGACCAUCAGAUACAUUUGUUUUGAAGGAUUUUAAAAAAAAAUAGUUUGUGGGUGUGUGGGUCGGAUUCUUGGAAGUAAAGGCACGCAUGACAAGAGACAUCUGGUAAUUUUGAAAUCCCCCCCCCCCCAAAACAAAAAAACAAAAAAAAACCUUUUUUUUCCCCCUGGUAAGCGUCAAACGGCAGCACCACAAGAUGUGUUGAUGCCAACUGAUGGCCUUCAUCGUAUUUUCUUCUGGAAACGUGUUUCGUGUAUCUGUAUUGAUAGAAACAUCCCCAGGUUUGGUCCCUGUCCUAACCCUAGCCCCGUCCUAGUGUUGGGAUUGUGAUGCACAGCAUACGCAAACAAUGUGAGAGGAUGAAGGGAUUCAUCAGUGGAUUUUUGCUCCUCCUCUGAGCUAUUCGUAAGACAGCACGUGUCUCUAUGGCUCGUCUUAAUUAAACAAUGUUGCAAUCUUUUAAGUGUCUAGUGUUGGUGGAAAUCAGUUGCGUACCCAGGGGGUGUGGGGGGUGGGGUUAGAAGUGGGCGUCCGCUCCCUGUGUACAUUUUGGGGGUAAUAUAUAAGUCUGCGUGUGUGUAGUGUGCGUGUGUAUAGUGUGCGUGUGUAUAGUGUGCGUAUGUGUAACGGCUUCACUCUUUUAAGAGUUCACCCCCAGGCGCCAUGUCGUCGAGCUACACCGCUGUGUGUAUGAAAGACAACCGCCUUGUGGGAAGUAAAAGGCUGGUAAGAUAACCUAGCAAUGGUGGGAUGUCGCAACCUUGGACUAUUUUAGUCAGAUAAUCUCGGUGAAGAGGAUCGUCAACUAUAUCAAAAGUCUGACACAGUCUAUGUCAACUGAAUAGUUGUUGAAACGUUGACACGGUCUAUGUCAACUGAAUAGUUGUUGAAACGUUGACACGGUCUAUGUCAACUGAAUAGUUGUUGAAACGUUGACACGUUCUAUGUCAACUGAAUAGUUGUUGAAACGUUGACACGGUCUAUAUCAACUGAAUAGUUGUUGAAACUUUGACACAGUCUGUCAACUGAAUAGUUGUUGAAACUUCGACACAGUCUAUGUCAACUGAAUAGUUGUUGAAACUUUGACACAGUCUGUCAACUGAAUAGUUGUUGAAACUUCGACACAGUCUAUGUCAACUGAACAGUUGUUGAAACUUUGAAACCCCCUAAGCCCUUCUCUUGCCCGCCCCUAUGUCUUAAACAUAUGAUUGAAGUAUACAUUUUAGGGAAAAAAUAUAUAAAUAUGUGUAUGCAAGGCAUUUUUUCCCCCUCAUUCUAAAUAUAUACGCUCAAUUAAUACACAAUAUUAUUGCAAUGUUUUUUGAACUAAGAGAGCUGAAGAAGACCGGCCAACAUUUAUUUUGUGUUGUUAAUAUUGGUGUGUGCUAUUUAACAAUGGAUUGUGUUGUUAACGUUGGUGUGUGUUAACUUUGGUCCGUGUUGCUUACACUGGUCUAAGUUGCCAACAUUGUGCUAGGGGCUGGGUGUAGGAGCCUAUCGACAACGUUGGUCUAUAACGAUGAUACAAUUUUCAAUGCUUUUUAUAUGGCCCUAUUUAGCUAACGCUUUUUUACUGUGGCUGUGAUCGGAUAUUGCACCAACAAACAAACGAUAUGUUGUCUAUGUUACUAAACAAUAUUUUUAAAUAGUAUUACAAGAACUUGUGUUUCGAAUCAGUUUCUACAAUUAUACGAUUGUUGUCACAGGACAGCCACGUUUAACAGAAGAAUCAAAUUAUGAUCUUUUAUGUUUUAGUUAGGGAGACGUUCAAAGAUAGUUUAUUAAUUUCGAAAAUAGGUUUUAGACCAAAGAAAUAAGUAUGCGUAUUUGUAUUAGCUUUUUUAAAAAAUAAUCUUGUGUACAAAAGUUUUGUGUACAAUUAACUUGUGUACAAUGAUCUUGUGUACAAUAAUCUUGUGUACAAUAAGCUUGAGUAUCAUAAUCCUGUGGUGUUUCAUAAUGAG